GCCGCCCGGGCCCCGCGCCAGGGCGCACACGCUCCUGCCCCCCCACCCGGCCCGGGCGGGAGUUUGCACCUCUCCCUGCCCGGGUGCUCGGGCCGCCGCUGCAAAGCCAACUUUGGAAAAAGUUUUUUGGGGGAGACUUGGGCUUCGAGGUGCCCGGCUCUGCGCUUUCCGAUUUUGGAGGCCUUUCCAGAAAAUGUUGCAAAAAAGCUAAGCCGGCGGGCAGAGGAAAACGCCUCUAGCCGGCGAGUGAAGGCAAACCAUCGACUGUCGUGUUCCUCUUGGAGGUUGGAGUCCCCUGGGCGCCCCCACACGGCUAGACGACUUGGCUGGUUCGCGACGCAGCCCCCCGGCCGUGGAUGCUCGCUCGGGCUCGGGAUCCGCCCAGGUAGCGGCCUCGGACCCAGGUCCUGCGCCCAGGUCCUCCCCAGUCCCCCAGCGACGGAGCCGGGGCCGGGGGCGGCGGCGCCCGGGGGCCAUGCGGGUGAGCCGCGGAGGCGGCUGCAGCGGCCUGAGCGCCUGAUCGCCGCGGACCGGAGCCGAGCCCACACCCCUCCCCAGCCCCCCACCCUGGCCGCGGGGGCGGCGCGCUCGGUCUACGCGUCCGGGGCCCCGCAGGGCCGGGCCCGGAGUCGGCAUGAAUCGUUGCUGGGCGCUCUUGCUGUCUCUCUGCUGCUACCUGCGUCUGGUCAGCGCCGAGGGGGACCCCAUUCCCGAGGAGCUCUAUGAGAUGCUGAGUGACCACUCGAUCCGCUCCUUCGAUGACCUCCAGCGCCUGCUGCAUGGAGACUCCAUAGGUGAGGAUGGGCCUGAGAUGGACCUGAAUAUGACCCAGUCCCAUUCUGGAGGCGAGCCAGAGAGCUUAUCUCGCGGGAGAAGGAGCCUGGGUUCCCCAACAGUUGCCGAGCCAGCCAUGAUUGCUGAAUGCAAGACACGCACUGAAGUGUUCCAGAUCUCCCGGGGCCUCGUAGACCGCAGCAAUGCCAACUUCCUGGUGUGGCCGCCCUGCGUGGAGGUGCAGCGCUGCUCCGGCUGCUGCAACAACCGCAAUGUGCAGUGUCGCCCCACCCAGGUGCAGCUGCGGCACGUACAGGUGAGAAAGAUCGAGAUCGUGCGGAAGAAGCCAGUCUUUAAGAAGGCCACGGUGACACUGGAGGACCACCUGGCAUGCAGGUGUGAGACAGUGGUGGCUGCUCGGCCUGUGACCCGAAGCCCUGGGGGUUCCCAGGAGCAGCGAGCCAAGACGCCCCAAAUGCGGAUGGCCACUCGGACCGUGGUAGUCCGCCGGCCCCCCAAGGGGAAGCACCGGAAAUUCAAGCACACACAUGACAAGAAGGCACUGAAGGAGACCCUCGGAGCCUAGGGGCAUCGGCAGGAGAGUGUGGGCAGGGUUAUUUAACAUGGUAUUUGCUGUAUUGCCCCCAUGGGGUCCUUGGAGUGAUAAUAUUGUUCCCUUCGUCCGUCUGUCUCGAUGCCUGAUUCGGACGGCCAAUGGUGCUCCCCCACCCCUCCACGCGACCGUCAUCCUUCCAUCAGCGGGUCUCCUACAGCGGCCUCCGGCAUCUGGUCCAGCAGCUCAAGAAGUAAAAGAAGGACUGAACUCCAUCUUCCUCCCUUGACCUGAAGAAUAUGGGAUUAGUGCAAGAGAGACUGAUGGGGUCGCUAUUUGGGGGAAGGGGCUCCCCUCCCCCUCGCCUGGUUCGGGCCACACCCGGGCUCUGUGGACUGGCCUGAGGAGCCCUGCACGUGCCCCUGAGGACCUCUCAGCAUGGCCUGCCUGUCCCUGGGCCCCUUACCAGCUCUGAGGGGAACACCUCCAGGCAGGUUGGGGUACCUCCUACUCCUAUGGCUGAGGCCAUGUGGGGGAGCACAGACUGGAGGAAACCCCCUCCCGCAGGGCCCAGACCUACCAGUCACCUCCUCACCUGGUCGCCUCUGCUCACAGUGGCUUCUUUUCAUUUUACAUGUAUGAAGUCCUUGAAGAUGUGGACUCCUCUGGGCAGGUAUGGCCAGAGCAUCAGGUGGCCAGUUGCCCUCAUGCGGGUUAGGGAUGAAGUUUGCUCUUGAGGGGGACAUCGAUGGCAACCUGGGCAUCCCCUGCCUCCUCCCCCCUCCCCCCUCUCCACUGUGAUCCUCUUCUUUCCCUAUUUCAUUUCACUUCUCUACCUCCACUCUGCGUUUUCCUCUUGUCCUGGUCCUUCAAUCUGCUUCACCAAGGGACUCUUGGACCCCUUAUUGAGGCCUCCAAAUGACCCCAGUCACUCCUCCCUGGGGCAGAAGACCAGGGGCCAGGUCAGCAGGGGACCUGCCCAUCGUAUUCCAACCCAGCCAAAACUGCCACGUAAGGUUGCGCAGGAUGUGUACUGCACAAGGGCACUGCACGUGGGAAGCACGGUUCACGCCAUAGAUACGGUGGAUUUGUAUAUUUUUAUGGCAGUUUCUGGCAGAUGUACAUGAAAUGUCUGGGAAAGGGAUCCUUUUGCUGAUUCACACAAAGGCUUCGUGUGCACUGGCUGUGUCCCUGACUGGAGUGGUCAGAUAGGAGUGAGCCCGUGGUGGAGGGUGGGGGACAACACUGUUGUCCAUCUGGCCUCCAUUUCCCAGAGUCGUAGCUGCAGCAAUCACCCUUGAGGCAGGCAUGAGAAACCCAGGAGGGGGUCUCCAUGGGAGGGGCAGCUCCUCCCGUCCCGCCCCCUCCCUGCUUGCACACUCCCCCAUCUUAGAUCCUUUCUCGAGUCCCAUCUCUGAUGGCUCCUCCCAGGAUACCAGCUCAUGGGCUGGGAGUGGGGGAGAGAAGGGGGGACCCCAGAGCCCCCUAGGGGGGGUGGGGUCUGAGCUCCCACCUCCCUUUCCACCUUCCGUUGCCCUUCCCUACCCCCUUCCAAAACCUGCUUCCUUCCGUUUGUAAAGUCGGUGAUUAUAUUUUUGGGGGCUUUCCUUUUAUUUUUUAAAUGUAAAAUUUAUUUAUAUUCCGUAUUUAAAGUUGUAAAAAAAAUAACCACAAAACAAAACCAAAUGAAUCCGC